AUACUCUGGUACUGAACUGAUGCUACACUAUUGAAAGUGUGUUGUAUCACCUCGCUUCGAAAGCUUUGUUUCUCCUGCUGUCGGGGAGAGCUUUUGGUCGACGGGGCUUACGAGUCAUGCGUGGUCUCGCGGUGCACACCUGGUGUCUUUACUUGCAUUUACCUCUUUGUCUUCAAGAAGCUUUGGAGGACCAAUAUCAAUGGCAGUACAUCAGUCACAUCAACAUUAGAAAACCUGUGCGAAUUAUGCAGGGGAUAGAAGAAGAUAUCAGCUGUCACUGAAAUGGACAUGAUGCAGCCAGCUGCUGGGCCUGUGGAGAAUGCAUCAAACUCAUUUGACUGGGAAGAGUCAGGCUUUGAGCUGCUCUCCCGGCCCAGCUCGCAGGCUCCAUCUCACCACAGCCUGUAUGACCCAGGCACAACAGUGGCAGAUGACUGUGUACCAUUCGAGGAUGGCCCUGCCUGUGACCAGCCAGCCCAGCCUGACAUCAAUGCCCAGAUGAUGUCCUCCUUCCUCUCUGGUAGCUCAGUCACCAUCGAUCUAGACAUGGAAGCACUGCAGACCAAGAUUCGCAAUGUACUGGCUGAGAACCUGAAGCUGCGUGACUCGAUCCGGGGGAGCUCGGCAGCGCUCCGCCAACAGUGUGAAAUUCUGCUCAGCUGGCGCCAAGACAACCAGCGUCUGCGCCAGGAGAGGCGCCAGGUGGCCGAGCACUGCCAGCGUGCUCGCGACAUCAUCCUGGAGCUGCGGCAGGAGAAUGCUGCUCUGAAGCAGGAGAAGCGCUGCUCGGCUGGGCCCGAGCAGAGCCUGGAGGCGGCUGGAUUAGGACAGGAUGCGGCCGGCUCACAGCUGAGCGAGGGGACGGUUGAGGCGGAGCGGAGCCGUGCCUCGGCUGAAGAGGAGCAGAGCCAGGAGCCGGUCGGGUCGGAGCAGAGCCAGCAGCGGGCCGGCCAGGUGCAGCCGGAGGUGAUCGCGCUGCGCUCGCAGCUGUCACGCGUCGAGGGUGAGCUGCGCGACGCGCGGCUCGAGGUGGAGCGGCUGGGCUCGAAGCUGGCUCGCCAGCAGGCGGAGCUGAGCGCCUGCCGGCAGCUGCCCGACUGGCGGCCGGACGCUGGCGAGCGCGAGGCGCAGCGUCUGCGCGAGGAGGGCGACCGCCUGCGCCGCGCUCUGGACAGCGAGCGUCGCCAGCGGCUCGAGCUCCGCGCCUGGCUCAACGGCGACGCCAGCUUCACGCCCGUGGAGGAGACUCUGCGCCAGUCGGCCGAGCAGCUGGAGAUGGCGACACUGCGCGCCGAGUUGGCGCGCGGCCGCCAGGAGGCCGAGCGCGGCGGCGAGGAGGGCGGCGGCGCCACGGCGGCGCUGGGCCGGCUGCGGCGCCUGUACGAGAGCCUGGCCUCGCACUGGGAGGAGGACCAGGCGCCACCGACACCUGGCGACCGGCAGCGCCUGCAGGUGCACACGGACGGCCUGCAGGCGCGCAUCCUCUCGAUGGAGGAGCUGCUGGCGGCGCGCGGCGCCGAGUGCGAGCGUCUGCAGCGUGUGGUGAUGCAGCUGCGCCGCGACCUGCAAGCCGUCGAUAUCCUGAAGGCGCAGGUGGACGUGUACCAGCAGGACUUCCACCAGGAGCGGCGCCAGCGCGAGCAGCUGGUGUCGGAGCGCGAGCAGCUGCGCCUGGAGCUGGGCCAGCUACAAGUGCGCCUGCGCCAGGUGAGCGGCGAGCUGCAGGCGCAGCGGCGCAGCCCGGAGGCCGUCGCGCAGGCUCAUCCGGACGGCCUGGCGCAGGUGGAGACGCCGCAGCCGCAGCCGCAGCCGCAAUUCAACAUCCGGCUGCCGCCGCUGGAGAGCGAGCAACAGCCCACCGUGUAUACCUGUCCCAAGUGCGACAUGGCUUUCCUGGACGUCGUGCCGUUGCAGAACCACGCCAACCGUUGUCUGGACGAGGAAUAGGCGGGCCUGGCGGUGGGCAGAGUCUGUUCUUUUGGACUGUUCAGAGGUAGUCGAUGUUUUGAUCAGCCGAAGGCCUCUUCGGACCCAGGCAGAUGCAUUUGCAUGGGCAUGACGUUGCUUUAUGACGUGCACUUGAGAUUGUAUCUACUUAGCAUGCUUUAAAAUCUCUGUUACUGUGGCCGCUCAUCUUGUAACUAACAGCAAAGCUGGACGUUUAACGCUGGCUCCUUGAGACGAACUAAUGUGAUGAACUAACGCAUUAUUAUAUCGACCAAUGUUGUGCUGGCCAGCGGCUCACUGUGAUCACAUCAUUGUCAAGCAUUUGGGCUCGACUUUGCAUUGUUUGCAACCCAUUUGGCUUAUUCUUUACCGAUAUAAACAUUAGAUCGAUACGUGCAUUAGUGAAACGCUAGUGGUGAUAUCAGCCGCGGGUCGCGGUGAUACCAUUUUAAAUGUGUGUGCCUGUUACCAUGUGCACGCGUGCUGUCGUUAAUCAGAACUGUGAAACAAACACACAACAGGUUCUAGCGUGCCAUAAAAUACGCAAAGUGGUUGGUUUUGUGGACGUGUCGAUGUGAGUGAAUGUUGUUCAGUGCAUGCCAAUGUGGUGAAGUAACGCAGCUUAACGUACGCUGGCUGUGUCUAACCGAGUCGAGAUGCGCACCGUUGUGGUUCAUGAGCGCGCGUAGUUUUGCCGUGCAGUGAGGGUGGUCUGCAUAAUUUACUUCAUUGCACCAUCGCGUGAGUACUUGUCACGCGUGGGCAUCAGUCGCAGGGCACUGCUUCACUGCAACAAAUGUGACGCUGCCUUUUACGGUUGUGUCACCGGACACACCGAUUCGGCCUCGUGACGGGGGUAAUUACAACUGCGUUCUGUCGGCUGCAAAGCCCAUCCAGGCCGCCGCGUUUAAUGGCUUCCUACUAAUAUAGGACACCAUCACGAUAGGCACGACAGUGUACGAUUGCUUGUUGGAGCGCAAGGCGAACGAUGAAUACAUAUUUUGAGGCAGU